AUGAAGGGUGGUGGGGGCAUUGUUUGUUUUUCACAGGAGUGCCUGUACUUUCCUUCUCCUCUGACGGAUGCCAGUAUUGAGAAUAUUAUCGAGUUAAGUAGUCUACUUGUACGUACUGAGGACCCUUGUGAGAAUGUUGUGGCGUUCAAAGUUCUCAGUGCUGUACGCAAUCGCUAUGGUGUUCAACCAUCUGUUGGACUGAUAUUUGCUGGUGAAUGUGUGAGGGUGAAGUUUAUGCUUGACAUCCGUAGGCUCCGUCGUCUCGCAGCGAGGCGUGGUGGCGUGGAGGAAGGAGCUGUGGAGUUGCCAGACGCUGGCACAAGGGAUGAGGUGUUCGUGGAUAUAUGUGUGGUGCCGAGGGAAGUUAUGGCACCGUAUGAGUCUGUGAGUGGUUUCUUUGGAGGUGACUGUAGUAGCAAGGGCCCUAGCGGUCCGGACGUCGCUGCUGCAUUUUGGAAGCAACGUGGACGUGUGCAGGCGAGGGAGCGGAAUGCUGUUCGGUGUGCACUUCGCUGUAUUUAUGGGGAGUUGGGUGUUCCGGAUAGCCUUGUGAUGAAGCGAAGUCAUGGAAAGGUGGAAGGACUUGUGGAAGGUUGUGAGACUGCGGCUGUGGAGAAAGCUCCGGCAGCACAGCCACAGUUAGGUUCAGCUGUAAGGAAUGCUGGAGGAGAGGUGUCUCCACCUUCGACAGCGUUGAGGAGCCGUCACUCCCCAAAGGGUGCUGGGGAUCAGACUGCUGCUUCGGCUUCUCCAUUGGUUUAUUCUCCUGUUAACUGUGCUUCAGGUACUGUUCCUAGCGGUCGGUGCAGUAAUGGGUAUGAAGCAGCUGUCGGCGAGGCAAGCAGAAUGACGAAUGUUAUUGCACCUGAUUCUGGGAGGGAGAUGUACUCACUAUUGAGUGUGUUCCUUCUGUACAAGGUGCCGUUUCCUGUUUGUUGUAUCCUGUUAUUCUUGUCGUUUCUGUGUGGUAUAAUUGAGUAG